AUGCUGACGUUUGCUCGACUUCAGCGGCCCCAGACUCCUGCUUCAGCUUCCGCCCAUCUGGCGGCCACUCAGGCAUUCCUCAAUAGUCGGGCCUCGCAGGCAAAUCUGUCAGCUUCUGCCGCUGCCCAAGCCCUGAGAACCAUGUCUCCGACUCCGACCCCGGUGGAUCAGAUUCAGACAAAGCGCAUGAUUCAAAGGCAAGCCUCCUCCGGUUCUCUCUCAAGUUCAGCCCGGGGUCGAGGAAGAGGCGGCUUGCAGAGGCAAAACAGUUCUGGGUCUAUGACUGAGAGGACGUUUAGAACUCCAUCACCAUCACCUGCACGACCUGUCUCGCACUCAGGACUCCAGGCCCCUCCGCUACCGACUAUUCCGCAACACUUUGCUCCUCCCCCUCCUCCCCCAACGACACCGCCCAAGAAGAAGAAAAAGAGAGCAUCCAGCCAAGAAGCUCCUCAACCUCGUGUUCUCUCACCACCACCGGUGCGACCAUCAAAUCGCGGCCAGAGCCUUGACAGGUACGGAUCACCGCACCAGCAACAGCCGUUAGCACCGAACGUUCAAAGGAAUACCCCAGUCUCUCAGAGCAAUGAUCUUGAACGGGUUGAUAGCCGGAACUCCAUCAAUUUUUCGAGACCUUUGUCGCCACGACCCCAGUCCCCGGUGGCGCAAUCCCCGAUGGCGCAUUCUCCGGUUAUCGUGAAUGGUGAUCGAUCUCACUUUAGUGACGUCGCACAAGCGAUAUCUCCUACCCAAGCCGCAGAGAUUCAACACGACCUGGUGCAAACAGCAAACCAGCCUGUCAAGAAGAAGAAAAAGGUGGCCAACAGUGCAGUGGAAGGUGGUCAUCUUCAGACUGGGACAAUGACGAGCAGACCAAUCGUCCAUUCGCUAGAACCAAUUCCGGAACCACAAAUACAAACUCCCUCAGAUCAACAGCCGCUUGUCAGAAAAAAGAAGAAGAAGCCUACAUUUAAUGGAGAUAGUAUUGAUUCUCCCGCCACCGAGUCGUCGCGGACAGACUCGGACUCGGAUUCGAAUGUCGAGCGCAAGCGAGAAAGGCGAACCCAGCGAGCAUCGGGAAUUUUGCAGAAACAGCCAUCUAUCGUUCGGGAGGACUGGGAGGGUGAACAGCAGGAGCAAGCCAGCCCACUUCAUGCCAGUCAAGGUGCAGAUACAAACACGAAUACUGCGCCGGAAGUGACACUUCGCAAUCAGGUAAAGAGUCCUACGGAUGCAAUCGAUCCUCCUCGGAAGACAGAGUCCGCCAUCUCGCCAUCCGCACCUAAUCAAUUUCGUUCUCCGCAGACGCAGGAAACUCACGCACAAGCUGGGCGUGAGGAAUCGCCAGCUUCAACCAGUCACCUCCAAAUUACCGAACCCCAGAAUACUCGGGGUACUUCGCUCAGUCCCUCACGGUCCACUCGUUUCUCGGACAGGUUGUCUUCAGAUCUUGCUGCAGGGCGAAAACACGAGCCUCCUCCGCGGUCGAUAUCACCGGCUAAACCUGCGCUCAAGCAUCAUUCCCCCACACCAGCAUUUUCUCGUGGCGAACCUCGUGGCGCUAGUGUUACCCCGAGUGAGUCCUCUGAUAUAUCGAGCGCGUCAGCCGACGGUCCUCUAAAACGAAAGAAGUCUGUGCGGGUCAGCUUCGAGGUUCAGCCAGAAAUAGUUGGUACCGCCGCGAGUGUCCAGAGUCCGGCAGAUAGCCCGAGCAGAGAGAAAAAAGGAUGGCUUGGCCUGGGAAAGGCCAAGUCGACGCAGAACACCUUGUCUUCCAACGACGACAUGGAAGUGUUGAUGAAGCCACGCCCGCAACUUCCAUCAUUUGGAAGCGUUCGUGGCCAAAAGUUUAGAGAUAUCAACGAUUCCAACACCACCCAAAUACCAAGAUCGCCUCCGGAAACUCGUGGCCCGCCCGUAGAGGGUAAGAUUACAACCUCCUCGGCUACGUCUUCAGAAACAUCGAGCACCUACACCUCAAAUCUGGUAACAGGUGUAUCAAGCGAUCAUGCUGUUGGGGCUAUAUUUGCUCAAGAAGCUCGGAAGACUUUGGGGCAGGCGUCUGCAACUCCAAACAAUGAGCCCCUGCCACCCGAAGUAACAUCCGUAGAAGGCAUGGUGUCGUUCUCGGACGAAGAAAAUGACAGUUCGGACGCAGAGGAGACGAUACCCGAGCCCCUUGCUCGCGGACCUAGCGAGCCGGAAACACUUGCUGGCACGAAGGCUAGCUCUGCGAAAGCAACCGACCAACCUGUCUCGUUUGCACUUCCCCAGACAGAGGUACCUGUCGUAUCCGUUUCGCCACCUACUCCCGCUGAAGAGGCGAAACCAAAUGACCAAUAUUUGGUGGAGGUGCCAGGUGGGUUCCCCGUGUCUGCUGACAAUCUAGCGGGCAAGGGUGAUGAGUUGCGCACAGUACGCGGAGCACCGCCCGUUGCGAGUGUGACCCCUGACCUGGACUCGCAUGCAGCCACGGAAGCCGUCGAUGAUGAAGUGUCGGACAAUGAUAGCAUUUACAGCGACGCGGCAGAGGAUCCCUCGGAGAUGGAAGGGAUGGGAUUCGGCUCAAUUGACGCCAUUGUGGAAAGUCCCAUUGUAUCUCCGCCAGCCCUUCUUACUUCACCCGAGAGUCCUCUGGCGCCGGUAUCAUCUUCCAAUUCUCACGAUGCGCGAGACGCUGGGUCGUGGGAGGAGACACAGGCUCACUGGAGCGGCAUCGCAGAACAGACGCGAUAUCUCCCUAGCCAACACACCAUUGAGAACAGACCUGCACCUCCGACUACUGGCUACAAUGUGCCACAGCCGGUUCGAAUUCCUGAUCACGAGCCUUUGCAAAUGAGGACUACGGAACCUGCCACGACAGCAUACAGCAAGAUAACACAGCCUGUACAGCCUCGACCUGCACGUGCCUCUGUAUCAAAAUCAUUUGCAUCACAGCCUAGACGCAAAAAGAAGACGCCUGCUGCAAUUGCUGCUGCCGCAUCUGUACCUGCGGCAGCGGCAGCUGCACAAGGACUGCCGGACUCACCACUGCAAAGAAAAAUGCAACCGUCUGCCUAUCCAACAAUUGAAACUCAUAACCUCGGAUAUGCUGCGGCCGCCGCUGCACCUUUCCGACAGUCAAUGCGAGCCAGCUCUCCCCCGGAGACCGAACCCGCGUUCCGCAAGACCAUGCGUAACGAGAAUCGCAAUUCAAUGCCAGCUUCAACCGUUGCCCCCCCGCAACAACGAAGGAGUCAGACAUUGAUUUCUACUCCACCAAAUCAAUCCCGCGCAGCGCUUCAGAAGAAACAUAUGCCUCUCCCCGCGGCGGCCGCAACUUCUGUAGUAUUGGCUCGGACACAACCUGUCCGGCCGGUCCUGUCGAAUGAUAGUGACUCGGAAAGUUCGUUCCGGAAGGCUCGUCGCAGCAAGUCUACUACAGGCGGCAAAUAUACAAUGCGUAGAAGUAUGAGAGGUUCGGACGAACCGACUUUGCGGGGAGACAGGCUCAAUGGCGUCCGGUCGGUUUCGCCUGUAGGCAGGCGACCAUUCUCGCCCCCGGAUGGCUCUCACACCAUGAGAACUUCUAUGAGAGGAUCCACCGAUAAUGCGCCGACACUCCGUGCGUCGAACGACGUCAGGCGGUCAUCCUCGAUGUUUAGUCGCCGCCAGCCAAAUACAGCCGCUACUACUCUCCCAAUGAGUCUCGGUGGGCAGAAUAACCGGUCCCGUAUCCUUGACUCGGACGACGAAGAUGAACCGCCUCAGCGCAGCAAAUGGCGCUCACGUUUCGCCGAUGAUAGUGACGACGACACGGAUGUGCCACAAUUCACACCGGUGCGCGGCAUUCCUCGCAGGAAUAAUGAUGCUGACUCCACCGACCUGGACGACAGCUCGGAUGAGGAACGAGCCAAAACACAAGCUGCACCGAAACUUCAAAUUCCCCAGGUGAAUACAGCUGCACCCGCCGGCAGUGCUGAAGCCCUGUCUCCGAACAGCGAGAAGAAGCGGGGAUUACUUGGAAUGUUUCGCAGCAAGAAGCCAAAGGAGGAGUCACCUUCGCCAGUAGUUGACUCCCCUCUGAAGCCGCUCAAGACCACGGAUACCAACAAAGCAUCGCGGCUUGGAUUCGCCUCAAACGCCGAGAGAGAUCAAGCCAUCGCACUUGCAAGAGCGAAGUUGGAAGCGUCGAAAGAACUGCAGAACCCUGGUGGACAACAGCAUGGGCAUGCCAAACUCCACCGUCGACACAUGCCUGAACGAGUCAUGAGUGAUUCAUGGCCGUUGCCUCCUACAUUACCAACUGACAAUGCUCGACCGAGCACUAUGGAUGGGCCACCAACGCGAAAUGGGACGACGAGGCUGAACCAAGGCAGCAUGCGCAAACCAGAUGAGUUUGCCGAAGCUAUUGGUCGCAGCGGGAAAAAGAAGAAGUUCCCCAUGUUACGCAAAGCCUUUGGGCUGAAAGAUUAA